AUGUCGCCACCUCUUAUACCGUUCGUGCCACUUCUCCUGAAAGACUUGACGUUUAUUCACGAAGGCAACAAGACCUAUUACAACGGCCUAGUGAAUUUCGAGAAAAUGCAUAUGAUCGCUAACAUUCUGCGAACGUUCCGCCAAUGCAAGUCACGAUUUUCCGUACCGCAAAUAGAAUCGAAGAAAAUUUUCGAGACGCAAAACUUCAUUCGCAACUUCCGAGUUGUCGACAAUCAGCGGAGAUUGAUGGAGCUCUCCUAUCAGAUCGAACCCCGUCGGCGGAGGAACUAG